GAGUGUUGUUUUCUCUCUCAUCCUGAGGAAAGCAUGAAGUGGUUCAUUCUGGUGGCCCUGUUCGGGCUCGGCCUCGCCCAACACAACCCGCACACCAAGAAGGGCAGGACGGCCAUCGUGCACCUGUUCGAGUGGCGCUGGGCCGACAUCGCCGCGGAGUGCGAACGCUUCCUGGGUCCCAAUGGCUUCGGUGGAGUUCAGAUCUCCCCCCCGAACGAGCACAUCAUACUGGACAGCCCCUGGAGGCCCUGGUGGAUGAGGUACCAGCCAGUCAGCUACAACCUGUGCUCCCGAUCCGGCAGCGAGGACGAGCUGAGAGACAUGAUCACCAGAUGCAACAACGUCGGGGUCAACAUCUACGUGGACGCGGUCAUCAACCACAUGUGUGGAGCCGGCGGUGGAGAGGGAACGCACUCCUCAUGUGGAAGCUGGUUCGACGCCGGCAAGAAGGAGUUUCCCAGCGUCCCCUUCUCCAACUGGGACUUCAACGACAACAAAUGCAAGACCGGCAGUGGGGACAUUGAGAACUACGGGGAUGCUUAUCAGGUGCGUGACUGUCGUCUGGUCAGCCUGCUGGACCUCGCCCUGGAGAAGGAUUACGUCCGGGGGAAGGUGACCGACUUCCUGAACGACCUGAUCGACAUGGGCGUGGCUGGAUUCCGAGUGGACGCCUGCAAGCACAUGUGGCCCGGCGACCUGGCUGUCGUCUACGGGGGUCUGCACGACCUCAACACCAAGUGGUUCUCUGGGGGCUCCAGACCCUUCAUCUUCCAGGAGGUUAUUGAUCUGGGAGGUGAGUCCAUCACAACUCGUGAGUACGUCAAUCUGGGAAGAGUGACCGAGUUCAAAUAUGGAGCCAAACUGGGAACUGUCUUCAGAAAAUGGAACGGCGAGAAGCUGUGCUACACCAGGAACUGGGGAGAGGGUUGGGGUUUCAUGUCCGAUGGAAACGCUGUCGUCUUCGUCGACAACCACGACAACCAGAGGGGCCACGGUGCCGGGGGCGCUGCCAUCGUCACCUUCUGGGACCCCAGGCCACACAAGAUGGCCGUCGCCUACAUGCUGGCUCAUCCUUACGGAGUGACCAGGGUGAUGUCGAGCUUCCGCUGGAACCGACACAUUGUGAACGGAAAGGAUCAGAAUGACUGGAUGGGACCUCCCAGUCACAGUGAUGGAUCCACCAAGUCGGUUCCCAUCAACCCCGAUCAGACCUGUGGAGACGGAUGGGUGUGUGAGCACAGAUGGCGUCAGAUCACCAACAUGGUGAAGUUCCGUAACGUGGUCGACGGAGAGCCUCACUCCAACUGGUGGGACAACCAGAGCAACCAGGUCGCCUUCGGACGUGGGAAUCGUGGUUUCAUCGUCUUUAACAAUGACGACUGGGACCUGGAUGAGACCCUGACCACCGGCUUGCCCGGGGGAACCUACUGUGAUGUCAUUUCCGGCCAGAAGGAAGGAAGCGGGUGCACGGGGAAGCAGAUCCAGGUCGGAGGAGACGGCCGCGCUCACUUCAAGAUCAGCAGCAGAGACGAGGACCCUUUUGUUGCUAUUCAUGCAGAGUCGAAGCUGUGAUCACGUCCUCGUGGGACUUUAAAUAAACCUGAUUAUUGCAGAUUAAUAAAAAAGAAA